CCCUCCACGAGAUUUGUACGUUUUCUAGAGGGUUCAAUUUGCAAAGACACCCGCCCCUGCAGCGAAGCAAUCCCCGGCGGCGAUGGCCUCCACCGGCGACGAGUACGGCGAAUCGGAGGAGAGAGUUCUGAGCCACGGUGACGUGGUACUCAUACGCUCCGACCUCGCCAUCCUCCGCGGGCCCCGAUUCAUCAACGACCGCAUCAUCGCCUUCUACUUCGCCCACCUCUCAUCCGUCGACGACCUCCUGCUGCUCCCGCCCUCCAUCCCCUACCUCCUCGCCAACCUCCCUGACCCCGCCUCCGUCGCCGACCCGCUUCGCCUGGCCUCCCGCCGCCUCGUGCUGCUCCCCGUCAACGACAACCCCGACGUCUCCCUGCCCGAGGGCGGCUCCCACUGGACCCUCCUCGUCCUCGACAACACCAACCCCUGCGGUCCCCGCUUCGUCCACCACGACAGCCUCCGCGGCGCACCCAACCUCCCCGUCGCGCGCCGCCUCGCCGACGCGCUCCGCCCCCUGCUCCUUUCGAGUUCGAGGACGGUCCCGCUCGUCGAGGGGCCCACCCCGAGGCAACCCAACGGCUACGACUGCGGCGUCUACGUCAUGGCGGUCGCCAGGGCCAUCUGCGCCUGGUGGACCAACGGGCGUGGAGGGGGAGGAAGCGGCGAUUGCGAUUGGUUUGAGGCGGUGAGGAGGGAGGUGAACGCUGAGAGCGUCAAGGCCAUGAGGACCGACCUGCUGCAACUAAUCACUCGCCUCAUCCAAGACAAGAACAAGGCCAAGUCAAGACAAACACUGACUGACUGAGGAUGAUGGCUGUGAGAUCCAAUCGAUGCGAGGAUGCUAGUUCAGGUACCACACUUGAAGAGAUGGAAGUAGAUGUAGAAUAGGUCGUCUCCUGUGACCAUCUGACAGCAUGCCACACUGUCAGGAAGUCAUGGGCAGCGUGAAGAACCGUUUGUAAUAUGAUGGCUACAACU